AUGCUUUUCACACCGUAUGGAUCAGCGCAGUUAACAUUCACAUCACACAACACUUCCAAUGUUAGAGUGGAAGUCUGCGUUUGUCCAUCUUCUCUGAUGGGUCGCAAAAGAGGGCGUUCUUCGCGAGAACAACAUGCAACGAAACGGAGACGAAGACCACAGCAAUCGCCCGCACCCACAGACCUCGACUACAUCUCAAGAGAUGACUAUGUGGUCAUCGAAGAUUUUCUUUACGUGCGCCCAUACGUCUUUGAGUUCAGAAUGAACUUUAGACCAAGAUGGAGAAAUCAGACAAUCUACAAUGUAUUUUGCCAAGAAUUCAAGCACACGGAUGAGGACUACUGGAAGAAAGAAGUUCGAGACGGUCGCGUCUUGGCCGAUGGGAGGCCAAUCAAUGAUUCCGCUUUGUGGAAUGAUGGCAUGGAAGUCGUCCAUGUAGUACAUCGCCACGAGUCUGCGGUUCUUUCGGCCCCUAUUUACAUAGCCCGUGAUGAAGAUGACUUCGUAGUUGUAUCGAAGCCACCCUCUCUUCCCAUACAUCCAUGUGGCACUUAUCGAAGAAAUUCCCUCCAAUUUGUCCUGAAAGCAUUCUAUAAUACCGGCAAACUUCUCGCUGUUCAUCGCCUAGAUAAGGAAACCUCAGGUCUCGUAAUAUUUGCGAAAACUCCAGAGCGUGCUGCUCAGUUUAGCACCGAAAUCAAAGAACACAAGGUGCAGAAAACAUAUUUAGCAGAAGUAGAGGGACUUUUCCCAGCACGGUUAUCUGAAUGCAAUGAGUCCGUGUUCUGGGAUAAGCGAGAAAUGAAGGCAUCUGUCCGGCAGGAGGGCAUGGAGGCAAAAACAUCCUUCAAGUUGCUAAAAGUGAACAGAACAAGGCAUUCGAGUAUCGUAGAGUGUAAGCCAUUGACAGGUAGGACACAUCAGAUUCGCGUUCAUCUUGCGCAUUUGGGAUUCCCAAUCGUUAAUGACCCUUUGUAUGGAUCUCAAAUAAGACUGCAGAAAACAAACCUGGUUUCGCGGGGCCCAAGUCCACUCUCGAUUUCCUUAACGCACCCUAAACUUGCGGAGAAGAGCACGGCCUCGGAGCUACGGCAGUCCUAUCUCGCCUGUGAAUGGGCUAGAAAUUCGUUUAAACAACGUGGCCAGCAUCUAUCCUGCAUGGAGGAAGGGCAAAUGCUGUCUUGUUUCAACUGCCCACAGGUAACCAACGUGAAAAAUGUGGCCGUACAACAGAUGUUUAUCCAUCUUCAUGCGCUCAGAUAUGAAUCUGACAACUGGAAAUUCGAAGUGCCUCCCCCUCUAUGGAUGGAGCAGAAGCGAGAUUCUGCAACGACUGGUAUCGGGAAUGUAACAUCAAGUCUUUCUAACUGUAUCUUGUCAUAA